AUGACAAAAAUCGCGGCGUAUCUGACAGUGCUCUUUGUUGGGUUCUUGGUGGGCGCAAACGCCGGACAACUUUUGACGGCGGACAAAUGUCCUGAUGACCCUAGCAUCCCAUGCAUCUUAUUCCCUCCGGCGAAAAAUCAAGUCUACAACUACAUAGACAAGAUCAUCGUCACGUACACCUCACCAUGGGCACGAGGGGUGAAUCUCUCGCUCAAUUGUUGGCCGAGUGAAACCGAUGCAGACCGGUCGCGCAAUUUCGUCCACCUCGUGAAAGACGAUCUAUUUUGCUCUCAGUGUGCGUUUCAACUUCGCUCUUUUCUUGGCUCUGAAUCCGUCUCUGAUGCAGGUCUAGGCGCUGGAAACGGCAGUCAUAAGUUUGAAAAUCUCAACGUUGCACUGAAUGGCUCAGUCACAUAUCCCACACGCUGUUGGGUUGCCUUGGGGCCAUACGAAGCUGAUGACCUGCCUGGUGAUCCAUAUCUUACGAGCACUGGGUCAGAAGCAAUGACUGCAGUGAUAACCGGCGGAAACUUCACACUGGCCAUGAAGAGGAGAAAGCCCGUGAUAACUCGAGAGAUACGACCUCCCGUGUGGACAGGACUGAGCGCCGGGAUGCAACUUGGCAUCAUCGCUGGUCUUAGCCUCAUCUUGCUGGGGUCUCUCGUUGCGACGGUCAUGAUAGCGGUCAGAAAAGGCCGCUUGCUUGAGGAUCCGAUGAACCCGGCAUAUCAGGGACUAUUCGUGGCAGAACGGAAUGUUGGUGUAUCCUACAGAGCUCUUGACGGCCGAGCACCUGAUGCCGACUGGGCUAGAAACGCUCAGGCUAAGGAGCUACUGGAAGCUGGUGGGAGCAGUUCAUAUCCGCUACUAGGAGGCUCCAGCGGCAGGCGAUAUUGA